GCACCGGCUCGCACCCUGCAGCAGCCGCAACGGCAGCAGCAGGCAUUGCUCGCUACCGCCUCGCUGGUUGUUCGUGGACGGCCUUCAUCAGGUGCCGCAGCAAAAACGGCAACAACAACAGCAGCUCCAGCUGCUGCUGCUACUGGCAGAGCUGCGCCGGUGCCGUCGAGGGCAAGAACCCUCUCGUCUGUUACUGCAGCAGUAGUAGAGGAGACACCACCGAGCACUACUGCUGCGGCAGCGACUCGGAAGCUUGUGUUCGGUAUCCCCAAGGAGGACGAUGUGGUGAGGACGCCGCCAAUGGAGGAGGAGGACUCGGGACCCAUCAUCCGGGAGAUGAGGGUCCAGGUCAGGCCGCGCGGCGAGUACGGCAGCAGGGGGGCCAGGAGGAUUCGCAGAGCCGGAAAGGUUCCGGGGGUGGUGUACUCGAACAGCGACAACAGGGGCCACAGCAGCAGGCCUGGCGGCGGUGUCGGGCGGCCGGCGGAUGACCCUAUUCUGGUGAAGGUGGACAAGAUCGUGCUCGACCGGGAGGUUCAACGGCUGAACGCUUCCUUCGACAACACGGUGUACGAUUUGGUGAUCGAGGGGGAGACAUCGUCUGGGGACGGUGCCGCCGAUGACGGGAUAGAAGUUACAGUAGCAGACCCGGGAGCGGGGGGAGAUCGGGGCCAGGAGGAAGAGGAGGGGGCAUCGGCAGGAAAGGGAGGGGUAGAGGAGGGCGCACAGCCGCAGCAGCAGCCCGAGCGCCGUGAGCUCGUUCUUGCGAACCAAAGUCGCCUACACCCCGUGUUCCGCACCCUCCUGAGCGUAAACUGGAUAAGAUACAAGGCCGGUCGGAAGUACCCGAUCCCCAUCAAGUUCAUCAACAGCGACCUCAACGAGAACUUCCGGAAGGGGGCGUUGAAGACCCACCAGAACAUCCUCCUCCCGGAGGACCCGGAAAUGGUUCCCAAAUGGCUCUACUUGGAUCUCGAGUUUGUUCGGUCCGGAAGCAAGCUUCGAGUGAGCGACCUGAUGAUGCCUGAGGGGAUCCAGCUCCACCGAGCCAACGAGCCUGGGAUGUGGAACGAGGUGGUGUGCACCAUCAAGGGCCGCAAGGUUUUCGUCUCCGCAGACAGCGCCGGCGAUGAAGAUGACGAGGGUUUUGUGGAUGACGAGGCGUGAUUCUUACCCCGGGGGUCAUGUAGAAGUAGCCCUCCCCGCCCUGCUCGAUGAGCACAACUGAUACACAUGGGCGUCGGACAAGAAAAUUGCCAUUUUUUUGGUGUGUUGUCCCCCCCCCCCCAUCCCUAAAUUUUCGUUGUUUGUCACGACGGAGAGUCUAAAGGUGACGGUGUGUGCGUGAGCUCAUGCGUAGCUCGGGAACUCGCCUCGGCACGCUGUACUUUUGGCUCGAGAUGUGAGGUUGAGGUUUUGGGACGAUCGGCAGCCGGUUCCAGAUAGCUAGAAUUCUUGGGCAUUCGCGCGUGUCGACAGCUAGCGUCGAUGCGUCGAAUGAUGGAAUCGUUGUAGGAUACGCCUACGGCUGUUCGUGAGGCAGAAAGAAGACGGCAACGGGGGGUGGGGGGGUGAUCGGCCCCUGUGCAAGGGACAAUAUUUCCCGAACGCCACGCUGUGAAACAACGCUAUCCCUUCCGUGUGCGCGAGAAUGUCCCUAAUAUUGUGUAGAUGCCGUUGUGCUGGAGUGGGUGGAAACGAUAGUGUGGUGCCGAGUAGACCUUUUUUCGAAGGGGACACCUACCUUUGGUUGUUUCUCCGUAUGCCGACCUUGUUUUGUUGGCGAAUUGUCACGCAUUUGAUGCACAAAUACGUGUGCGCGGGCACGUGCCUUUUGUGCGUCAGGGCGGCGAGUGGCAGCGCUCUCGUCAGUCUCGUUCGUGGACCUUGAUUCGUGCUCGGAUGAUGGUGUAGGUUUAUGCGUACCACGAGUCGUGGUGUAGUAGAGAGGGAGUUUCACUUACGUCACGUGCUUGAAAAUAUUGACAUUUUGUCAUAAAUGACAAAGUGAAAUCCGAAACAGGGAAAAGGAAGGAUGCGUGGGUGUGUUUCUUUUUGAUUUGAAUCCCCAUCGGCCAUUCUAACCUGCUCACGAAUGAACCUCGUCAGUCUGAUCUCGGGAGGAUCAACGCGUAAGAACACGCUUCUCAACAGCGGGCCACGCGAUAGGGGGGGCGCGGAGUAGAUUGGAUACAGGAUGCAGUCUUCCGUGUUCGCUGGACACCACGAGUGGUAACGUGCCGAACUUCAUGCUCUAUGCUCUUCUAGCUUGCCCUGCAGUGGGCUGCUCGCUAUGUGACUUCCGUUUGGUUGUUCCGUCACUACUUCAUUGCUCUGAAGGAAUGUAUCGCUGCGAGUUGUUGCUGUCGACGGACGAACGGAAGAUCUGAUGAAUCG